GUUCGCGUCACUGCAUGGGUGGGGUUGCAUGCAGCGCAGGUGAACGGUUUACGAUACGAAAUUCUUUGCGGCUCAGUUGACCGAAUUUGUCAAUCGGUGAUUAACUGAAACCGACAAUGGCAACCAAAUCCAAUAAAGAAAUGUCGGAGUGGAUCAAGUUCUUCACCGCAGCGGGCAUACCACCAGGCCCAGCAGCCAAGUAUGCCAUGGCCUUCAUAGACAAUCGCAUCAACAAGAGCAUGCUGAUGGAUCUGACAAAGGAAUAUCUCAAAGAGAUGGGAGUCAGUGUCAUGGGGGAUGUCAUCUGCAUCUUGAAGCAUGCCAAGUCGGCUUAUUCUCAGUACGAAAGAGAGCGGCCAUUGCUGGAAGCUAUGCCCCAACCUGAAGACGGCAAGAUAGAACUGAAGAGACAGACUACCCCUGGUAACAGGAUGCUGGAGCACUACAUGCGCAAGGAAGGCAUGAUAGAGGAGAGUACAAAGGUCAAGGUCACCACAGCAAUGGCCGCCAGACUAGGAGCAGUACCCUCAACAGGUUCAAAGAAGAAGCUGGUUGGAGUUCCCGAGUCAGUUGAGGUGAUUCCUGUCAAGAAGGCUCGCAGGGUACCCCCGGAGGAGGAAGGUGCUUAUGUCAUCUCGCUGCCCAAGGGGAGCACUGAACGCACAAAGAAGAUACUCGACCAGAAGGCACAAGUUACAGAUACCAAGAGUUCUGUAUUUGCAAGGUUGGGAGCCGGUUCAGCCGGUACUAGUGGCACCCAGAUGGCAUCUGCAGCUGGUCAGGCGGCUGCCAAGAGCACAGCAGAAGGCAUUACCAAACAGGCUGGCUCACCAACAGUCUUCAAUCGUCUCGGCGUACUUCAGUACCACGGUGUGCUGAAGAGCUCACCCAAAUCGAGUCCUACCCCAAAGAUAAUGAGAGGCCCGGCAGCAUCCACGGCCAAAACAGCAGCAGCAAAAACAGCAGCGGGCAAAUCAACGGCGUUAGCCAGCGUGCAGGAACGUCUCGGUGUGCAGCGACCAGAGGUCUCAACCACCACCCUGACGCACAUGGACUCAGUCGGCCUGAAGCACAGUCUUCAGGCACGUCUGGGCGGUCAGAUCAGUGACCCCCCAGCUGCAACGCCCACCCGGCAGAAGGUGACAGUACUGAUCAGCGAGGGCGGCAAAGCAGCCACCACCAAGAAGACCUCUCCAGCGGUGUUAUCGAGACUGGGCUCCCAGAAGUCAGACACAUCCGCAGUGGCCAAACCUACGCCGAGGGUAACUCUGAAGCCUGGCUUGACCAAACGUCUGGGCGGUCGAAAGGCUUCCGUUCAGGCGACUGGUGCCAAUGCAGAAGCCAAAUCGGGGGUUAUGGCCAGGUUAGGCCAGAAGAAGCCCAACCCUAUCACCCCUAUCCGUGCAGGACCUACCGCACCUGGCAAAGUACAAAAGCGCCUAGGGAUGCCUGUCAAGAGGGCAGAGACUCCCAAGACUUCCCUCAAAGAACGCCUGGGCCUCCAGAAGGCAGAAGCUAGCUCCACAACGCCGACCUUUACGGUGACGCUGGGGGGUACUGCCGGUAGUUCACCAGUCAGGAAAAGAAAGAGGAAAUCCGGGGGUGGAAAUCAGGAAGAAAGCUCCAUUAGGUCAGUCACAAUGGGACAGGAUGUAUUCAGCAGGCUUGGAUCAGGGUAAAAAUAAAAAUGUUCUUCCUUUGAAAAAGAAGAGUAUUCCUUUGAUGAAGACAGUAACUAUUUACACGCUAACACCCCAACCAGCUUUUCAAAAUCACAAGAAUGUUUUGGACAAUCGAGGAUGAUUGAGCUCGAUGAUCCUUGAAAGGUUAAAUAUAAAGAGUGUUCCAUUGGAUUGUUGCGUGGUGGAGGAUAUUGUAGCAUUUAGAAGGACUCCUAGGAAAAACGUUUAAGGAGUUGAUGUAAUUUUAUUUCGCAUUUUAAAGCUUGACAAUUUUACAAAGUGCACAGAACAAUAGCAAUAAGCACUUUCACGGUAAUAUGCGCCAUCUUGUUCACGGGGCGAAAAGAACACGCGUUGCUAGACACUGGCACAAUUUGGAACCAACGCAUGAUGACUUGGAAGCGCAAAAGUUUUCGAUUGAUGAUGUGUACACAGCAACGCAUGUACAUUUGCCCCGUAAGCAAGAUGGCGCAUAUUACCGUGAAAGUGCUUAUUUGAUCAAAUUGUUUAUUUAAAACCUAGUUAAUCAGUUGCAAUACCUACAAGAAUAAUUGCAUUGAUAUUUCUUGAUUAAAUUUUAAUUGUAAUCCCUGGUGAGUUUUGAAACCUAAACAAUGUACAUAUUUCCCUUUUUUCCAUUAUUUAUGUUUUACCAGGAGUGCGUUUUUAGAACUUAAUUUUUUAACUUAAGUCAUUUGGUGUCGCGUGGAAGUACUUAGAUGACCAACAUUUUCUCCCAAAAGUUGGACAGUUUGCAUUGUACUAACUCCCCUGUUACUAAAUUGCUGUUACCCCUCUGUACGAUUAAAAAAAACACCUUGUGUUACACUGUUAUUUUUCAUUAUGAAGAAUCAUGCAUGUAUCAAUAUAGUUGUUUACGUUUUUUAGGUGAAAGAUGACGUGAUAUUUUUAUGGGCUGUUGUGAACAGAUUUUAGAGCGAAAAAAAUAAUGCAAUCAAGAUAUUGCUUCGUGUUACACUUCUAAAGAGCAUUUUCAUGGUUUUGGAGAACAGACCAGUUUCGUUUUUUUUAGGACAAAGAUUCAAACUGUGUUGGAAAUUUGUAAAACAGAGGCUCGGUUUUAAUAUCUUGAUGAUUAUACUUUGAGAAAAAAAAAUCUCUUUGUUAUAGAGUGAACCCCCCCCCCCCAAUUAAAGCCCCUCCCCCCUCAAAUUGAACCCUUGUUAUGCCACUGUUAAAAGAUAGAAUUCAAGUAAAAUUCAGACUUACAGUUUUCUGGUUUGGGGAUUGUUUGAACUAGUUGAGAAAUUUGCUCUUAAGAUGAUGUGGGUUGACUUCUAUAGAUGAAAUGUGUAUAAGUUGUUACCACAAUAAAAGGUGAACAAAAAUCAAA